GACGCUUAUGACGUCACAGUUGCUACAACACAUAUUUCAAUCGAGCCCCUGAAAGAACUGUCAAUCUGACGAUUGAUGUGAAGAAUUUCAGGCAAUUUGGAGGUUUCGAAUUAAACUUUGGACGGCAGGAUGGACCACAAUGGUAGCUCAGAGCCGAUAGACUUUGACUUUUUCGAUGAAGGUCCAUCAACAAAACGCAGUUCAAGAUUAGAUCCUCCGGAUCCAAAACCCAACCGACCACAGAGCGGUAAGCGAAGUGGCAGUGCACGGGGAUACGACGGGGACUAUGACAGGGAGUCGGUGCGUAGCGUGGCAAGCAGCCGCAGCAGUGUGAGUGUUCGAAUUCCAACAGCAACUCCAACUCACGAUGAUGGUAAUGAAGCAGAUUAUUAUUCGGAUGACUUUGAUGAUAGUGAUAGAGAUGAACAUAAGGCAAAGAAUGGUAGUGAAUCAUUUCGUUUUAAAGACGAUAUUGAUGCCUUGAAUUCAAAAGGAAAUCGGCGUGAGAGAGAUGUUCGAAAUGGAAAGGCCACCUCAAAAACUGGUUCAAAGUCUCGUCCAAAAACCUCAGUUGGUAGAAGAAGAUCAUAUAGUUCAAGUUCAAAUGCAUCAACCGAAAGCUCAAGAUCAAGCUCUAGUUUUACUUCUGAGUCGAGUGAAAGAUCUAGCCACAGAGACAAUGACAGUGUGACGGAUGUUUCACCUUUGCAAAGUCCGCCUAGUUCGCCUAUUCCCAAGCUUGAAUAUGAUGAACAAGAAAUGGAGAGGGAAUCGGAGAGAAUGAGAAGUGUUCACUUUGAAGGAGAUGAUGUAGACAGUUAUAGAGAUCCCAAUGAAAGACAUGCGAAGCCGAAGGGCAGACCCAAAUCGUCAAAGCCGAGAGAUAGUCGCAAAGUGCCUAAAACUCCUGGUUACUCACAUUACAAUGAGGAUCCUCGUGUGCGAGAAACAGAAGCAAAAGAACUGAGCAUGCUGCUACGAGCAGUCCUUGAAUUGGAUGAAACGCCAAAGGAAUCUGAUUUGUCAAUGCUUCACAAGAAUUUAAAGAGACCUGUUUCAGGGAAGAGGAAGAAUCGACCGCAGUCAGCUCCUAUGCCCCACCAGAGAAUGAACAUGUCAUUCAGUAAUGAUGAAGUGAAACGUAUUGAUAGAGAUAAUAGGAGACUCCUGGAUAAGAUCAUUGGGAAGUCCUCCGAGCCGCCCGCUGCUAACAGAGCAGGUCGAGUCAAUAGACCAAGCAGUGCUAAGCGCUAUACUCAGUCUACUGGCACUGGUACCCCAGAGAAACCAGUCAGCCAUUCAGCAGUUAGGAGGCAGAGAGACCAACGCAAGAUUGAAAUAGAAAACAUGCAAAUCUUGAAGCGUAUUGAGGCAGCGAGGGCUACUCCUCAAGUGAAGAAGGACGCACUAAUGAAAGAUUAUCAUCAGCAGAUGCAGUAUGCUACACAGGUCUCCAAGACCCCUGGAGGACCUCCUAGAUCGAGACCAUCCAGUGCCAAGCGAUCAGGUAAAGCAUACAGCACCAGUGGGAUGAACAGGGCAUCAAGUAUGUCUAGUCUUGGUACAGAGUUCAGUGCAGACACCUUUACUUCAUCAAGUACUAGCCGCUCUCGACCCAGGAGUGCAAAAUGGUCUGGAUAUAAAGCUGGUAGACCUGCGUGGGAUGAACGCUUCUACCUUGAUGAUUAAAUGUAAAAGGAUGUGUUUCAUAUCAAAGUGUGAAUGUUUGAUUGGGAAUUUAGCCCCUGGUUGGAAUCAGCACCGCUUGAAUUUCAUUUGUGUGAUUGAGAGGAGACCUCAAUGAAACAGUCCAUAUUUAAAAAUGAGCCCUAUGGGAAUUUUUGCCUCAACAUGUAUGGCAAUUGCCGUCAGUGGCAGAUCCAGAAUUUCUAAGGGGAGGUGGCCUAAACAGUCACCCCCUUAGAAAUUAAAUGACAAGCAUGGUUAAAGAUUUGUUAACAAUUUUCGGCAUUAGUCCUAUUUGUUUAAGAUCGCUAUGCUCGAUCUGUAGUGAAAAUUUGUUAAUUAUAAUUUCCUCCUAUUAAAGCCUCUUUAUUUACAAGGUUACUUGCUACUUUCCUGUCAUUUUUUGUCAAGCGCCCCCCCCCCCAAAAAAAAAAGUCACUUUAAUUACACCCCCUGAGUCAAUGUGGAUGGAGGGGAAUGUACUCAGAAUUAUUGGGGGAAUUUUCAUACACUCUUUUCUAUUGUAUUUUUAAACAAUAUCAACCCCCCCUUCCCGAUCUGCCACUGAUUGCUCAUGCCCUAUUAUGUUGUAGUACAACUUACAUGGAAGGUUGAUUUUGUGGUUCAAAAUAUGCGGGGGUUGGGAUUAGUGUUUUGGUUUUGUUUAGCGUUACUUGGCGUAACAUUUACACAUACACAAAAAUAAAUGUCAGUCCCUUUAACAAAUGCACAGGGAUCAUUUCCAAUUUCCUGAAAUCAAUGUGUGAGGGAGUGAAGCAACCGAGGGGUGUCACCCAUUUUACAGCAUGGAUUUUUUUUCUUUUUGGUUUUUUCGAGAGGAUCAUGGAUUCUGAAUGAACUGCAUGUACACACACACAAGUGUGUACAUUAUGGAUAGAGAGAAUGGAAGCAUUCCUAUAUUUGCACACUUGCAGAGAUGAGAAAAUAUAUAUUUUUUUUUGAAAUGCGGCAUCCAUGAUUAUCAGUCUUUUGAAGUUUGUUACUCUGCUUCAUUUUGGUGUUCUAUACAUGUAUUCAUCACUUCCUAAAAGGCAACAAAAAUAAUCUCCAAAACUGCACAUUAACUCAAAAUGUAUUCAUACGUUUAUAGGGACCUGAUAACAUACCACAUAUCAUUUGGCUAAUACUCAACUUGUCUUUCAAAUAAGUUCUACAAGUCUCGACUCUAUUGUAUUAAUCAUUGUGCCUUUUUGUGUGGAGCCAUUCAAAGUAAUUUCAGUAAAAUCAGAUCAGUUAUUGCAUACCUGCUUUAGAUUUAAGUAUAUGUUCUUGUAAUGUGCAACAAGUAAAAUAUGUCUAAAUAGUAAAUGUGACAUCUCAGAAAAGUUUGAGAUUAUUCUUUGUCUCUGAAUAAAACCAGUAAUAGUCAUUUCAAAGUCAUAUUCAUAUGAAUACUGUAAGAUUUUUUUUUUCACUAGGUAGGGGCAUUCUCGAGAAAUUGUUUUUGAUAUAGGGCCACGUAAGACAAAAAUUAGUAUUGUAAUUAAAUGGAUGAUUACGCAUAUUAAUUGAUUUUAUCAAUCAUAAAAAUUGAUCUAACAAUCAAAAAGUUUUGUCUUGCAGAGCAUCAGUGUCUUGUGGAAACCUUUGUAUUGUGAUAUUGUUGAAUGGUUUUAAUUGUGUUGAACUUUAUUUAAGACAGGACUAUUAUAUAAGUAGCAAAAAGUAAAACUUGGCAUUGUUUAGCAAUAUUCAUCUGCAAUAGUAUUGUGAUAGCUCGGUAUUUCAAUUUUUGCAUCUAGCCAUUUGAAUAGAAACAUGUUUUGUUCCUGAUUUCCAUUUGAAAAUGAACAGUACAUUUACGUUUGUUUAAUAAAUUCACAGUACAAUUGAAUAAAUAGAGCAGAUUCCUUGUAUAUUUAGAUAUUCUUAACUUUAUUAACAAAUCACAUGUACAUUAUAUGACAAAUUCUUCCAUAUAAAUGAUGAUCUUUGAUAUAUUUCUUUUCAAUCCUACAGUCACACCCCCCCUGCAACUGCUUAAAUAAAUCCCAUUGUAUGAAAAUUAAGGCUCUGUCACAACGUUCCGUGCAAGCCAUGUGGGUGAUUGCCCGCAUCAAAGCUUUGAACAUGUUCAAAACUUUUCUGUGUGCAAAUCAGACUCGCGUGCACUUCUGAAGGCAACUGCAUGUCACAUACGUGCGAGAUACUGUCAAUGCGGGCAACCUGUGGGUAGCAAAAAUAUUUUCGCAAGUCACACGCAAUGCUUGCACGGAAUGAUGUAACAGAGCCUUUAGUAAUUAUUAUUUCUAUCAAUAAUACUUGAUUUUUACCCUCUUACUGAGCUAUGAUGCCAUUGGUGGUAGAGUUUAAUCAUAAAGAUAUGUAUUAUACAAAAUGCCUCUGAUACUGUAAUUUAAUGUUUAGAGUCCAAUCUCUUCAUUAUUGUAAACCAUUAGCAACUGCCAUAGUGUUAUAAUAAUUAUUGUAAUGAAAAUAAAAAUAUUUUAUCAGCUGUUUCAGUAUUAAAUGUAUAUGUCACAGGAAAUAAAAGUAAAAGUAGAAAAGGACAUAAAUAUGCAAAAUGAAAAAGUUACAAUUCCAUCUGGGCCCCAUUGCACAGAAAAUACAAGCAUGGUAAACGUUACCAUCCAUUGGUGACUUCCAUUGAAUCCUUGUUUUGGAUUGACUGUUGAGCUUUGUUACCAUGGUAGUUGCAAGUGGAUGACAGAGUUAUCAUGAUUUAGAACAUUAAUUAUAAAUCAACAUUAUAAAAUUUUAUAACCAAUGUUACAAUGUUUGUAAUGUAUCUCAUGUAAAUAAGAUCUCUAUAUGUGCUUGCUUUGCUUGCUGUGUGGAUUAUACAUGUUGCAAUCAAAAUCAA